UUAAUUCCAGCCUGUUUUUUCUCCCCCCUCAUAAUCCUUUCCGUUCCCUUCUUCUUCAUCUUCUUCCCACUACAUAAAAACCACCCCCUCCCUCUUCCCAAUUUCUCUCUCCUCACACCAAUGCAAACUUAAUAAAAACCAAAAUUGAAAAAAAAGUAGAAAAAAUUACAGUAGUCAUAGUACUACAAUGGAUCCUUGUCAGUUCCUGAGAAUAGUGGUCGGAAAUUUGGCGAUCAAAUUCUCGAGUUCGAGCUCGAUUCAAUCAGAAUCAUCGUCUUGUUAUUGUAGGAUAAACCUAAAGGGUUUCCCCGAGCAAGUCGCCACCGUCCCAAUGAUCCCUCAAGAUGGCACGCAUCCCGAGGUUCAAGUACAGACCGUAUCAGCCUGCUUUAAUCUGACCAAGUCAGAUUUGGAAACCCUCGCCGGAAAAUCGAGAACUACUACGACGGCGACGGCGACUUCGAGGAAGAGCGGCGGUAAUGGUAGUAGCAGGCUAACUCUGAAGGUGAACGUGUACUCUACAAAGUCACCAAACGGGUGCGGGUUAGGGUCGUCCGGGAAGUUUUUAGGGAGUGUUAUUGUACCUUUGGAGUUGAGUCAGCAAGUACUUGAAGGUAAAACGAGUACAAUGAUGCAAAACGGGUGGGUUUUAAUUGGGGAGAAGAAGAAGAAGGGUUUGAAUCCACAACUUUAUUUAAGUGUGAAAGCUCAACCCGACCCGAGAUAUGUUUUCGAGUUUGAUGGUGAACCCGGGUGUAGUCCUCAAGUAUUUCAAGUUCAAGGGAAUAUUAGACAGCCUGUUUUUACUUGCAAGUUCAGUUUCAGACAUGGUGAUCAUAAUUUGAGAUCAAGCUCAGCAAUAUCAGAGCCCAGCACAUCAAGAAGCUGGCUAAGCACACUCAAAGCUGACAAGGAUCAUAACCACCACAACCAAGUAAAUGAGCGUAAAGGGUGGUCCAUUACAGUCCAUGAUCUAUCCGGGUCACCCGUUGCCGCCGCUUCGAUGGUUACCCCGUUCGUCCCCUCGCACGGGUCGGACAAGGUUAGCCGGUCUAACCCGGGCGCGUGGCUCGUCAUGCGCCCGGGGGACCAAACGUGGAAGCCCUGGGGCCGGCUCGAGGCCUGGCGGGAACGCACCGGUCUCGGGUCGGAAGGGCUCGGACACAGGUUCGAGCUCCUCCCCGACGCAAUGGGACCCGCCGGGAUCACAUUGGCCCAAUCCUCAAUCCCGGCCCGGCCCGGGGGAAAGUUCAACAUCGACGUAACGACCGGACCCUCCCCCGCGAGCAGCCCGAACAGCAGUAUCGACUUCGGAUCAUGGGCGGGGUCCGGGUCAGCAUCGUCUUCCGGGUCAGAACCAGGGCCAGUGUCGGGCUGGUGUCCCGGGUUGAUGUACAAGGGGUUUGUGAUGUCCUCAACGGUGGGAGGGGAAGGAAAAGGGAACAAGCCAGUGGUGGAAGUGGGGGAAAAGCACGUGUUAUGCUUGGAGGAUGCAGCCGCAUUUGUUGCAUUAGCUGCGGCUAUGAAUCUGAGUAUGGACGCAUGUAGGCCCUUCUCACAGAAGCUGAGGAAAGAGCUGAGGCAGCAGCAGAGUGGGGAGUUUGUCGUUUGAUUUGAUAAGCUUUGUCGUUUUUGAUACUGAUGAGCUGUUUGCGGUGGAUUGAGUAGCUUUUUUGGUUUUUUUUUGUAGGUAACGGCUUUUUAUCUUUCUUUGGAAUGUACAGUCGAAUCAUUACACAUUUUUUUUAACAUCUUAUUAUGAGUGCAAAAAAUUGCCAAAAAAAAAAAAGAGAAAAAAACAGGAACAUAUUUUGUCAA